AUGGCAGACCGCCAACCGCAAUCCCAAGACCAGAUCAAGCAAGCGCCAGUGUCGCUGAAAAACUUGAGCCAAUCAACUGCCGACAUCUCAAAAUUGAGGAUACUGAUAGUUCAUACCGAAUGGAACAAAACGAUCGUCAAUAACUUGCUGAAAUUUUCGAUCUUAACACUUCAGUCAUUAAACUUGAAAAGCGAGAAUAUCCUAAUUCAAUCAGUUCCAGGCUCUUACGAACUCCCCUGGGCUUGUAAUUCAGUCUUAUCCAAUCCCGCCCUUCACAAAGAUAUUGAUGCGAUCAUUGCUAUGGGUGUAUUAAUCAAAGGAGACACAAUGCAUUUCGAAUAUAUUGCAGAUUCAGUUUCUCAAAAAUUGAUGGAGGUAUCGAUCAAACAUAACAAGCCCAUCAUCUUUGGCGUCUUGACAUGCUUGAAUGAGUCUCAGGCACUCAUAAGAUCUGGUCUAGAUCCGUCCUCUCCCUCCAAUCACAACCAUGCCAUCGAUUGGGCCAAAGCGGCGGUCGAUUGUGCGCUGAAUUCCCGUCGAUUUCGUGAUCUCCACGGCAUAACACCGACCGCUUUUGUGACGGCUGAAGAUAAAUCAUUGGUUGCCUGA